AUGCUCGUGUCCAGGCAAUGCGAAGCUGAGCAAACCCACCACUGGAACUUCUACAAGCCCGUCUCCAGUCCACGCAUGUCGACCCAGUACGACCCCCCGUUGUCGACACAGCCGGACUGGCAAGGCCACUACUCGUCGUUCCUCCCGCCGGGGGACAAUAUCUUUGGGCAGUCGUACGAGAAUGUGGCGAACCCGAGCGCCGGGUCGCAGCACUCGCAGUCGCAGCAGCAGCAGCAGCAGCAGCAGCAGCAGGCCGCGUCGGCCUCGCAGCCACGCACGGCGGUCGGCGUCGAGGGCGCCAGCGGCGACGUGGACGGCGCCGACAGGAAAGUGGGAGCUUACAGCAGCAGACACAGCAGCAGUAGCGUGUCUCCACUAAGCCACCGCCGGAGCCUAGACCCGCUGGGGCUCAGGCAAAAGCAGCCGUCGCCCAUCCCGGAGCAGUCGGAACAGCAGGAGGACCACUAUGUGCACAAGGCGGAUCCCAUCCGGGAGGAGGCUGUUGCAGAGGCUCUGUCGAUAAAAUCCCUCAACCACGCCAUGCAGUCUCCUACCAGCAGCGGACAGCAGCAACAGCAACAACAACAGCAGCAACAGGAGGCCCAAGCAGGCAGUGCCGGCAACAGCGAUAACCAUGCAGCGGCCAAGGAGGAGGAGGACGACGGACUCGACGACGAGGACAUGUUGGAGGGUGAUGGCGACGGAGAGGACGGCGGGGAUGGCUCGUCUCAACCCCAAACGGCAGCCGAGAGGACGGCCCAGCGGAGGAAGAUGAAGCGCUUCAGGCUCACGCACCAACAAACCCGGUUCCUGAUGAGCGAAUUCGCGAAACAGCCGCAUCCCGACGCGGCGCACAGGGAGCGGCUGUCACGGGAGAUCCCCGGCCUGAGCCCAAGGCAGGUCCAAGUCUGGUUUCAGAACCGGCGCGCCAAGAUAAAGAGACUUACGGCCGACGACCGGGACCGCAUGAUCAAGAUGAGGGCCGUCCCGGACGACUUUGACAACGUCCAGGCGCUGCACUCGCCCUACGGCGCCGUGCACGGGCUGGGCACGCCCAUAAGCUCGCCCGUCGACUUUGCCGGCUCGUCGUACGCCGAGCACAUGAUGCGGCCGCUGAUGGUCGACGUCCGACGCCCCGACGGCGGCGACGACCACCUGUCGCCCACGGGCCUCAGCCCGGCCUUUGGCAGCAUCGGCUUCAACCCCUCGGCCGCCGCCAUGGGCAGCUCCGACAUGCUGUCGCCCCUGUCGCCCACGGCCGCGAGCGACCGCUACGGCUACCCGGGCCACCUGUCGUCGCCCCUGAGCGCGACGCCGCGCACGUCGAACCCGUUUGCGCGCCAGGGCAGCCUGGACGCGAGCAUGCAGCUGCACGGCCACCACGCUGCCCAGCAGCACCAGCACCAGCACCAGCAUCAACACCAGCACCAGCACCAGCGCCAGCAGAUCCGGCCGCUCCAGCCGCUGCAGCUGCGCGAGACCAUGUCGCGCUCGCGCUCCGACAACCUGCAGUCGCCGCUGCGGUCCAGCAUGUCGUGGAAGGGCGACUCGAUCGACUAUUCCACCUUCCACCAGGGCGCCACGAGCCCGCAGCGCCACCACUCGCUCUACCAGUCGUCGGCCGACGGCAGCCUCACGGGCUCCUCGACCACGACCCUGGGCAGCGCCGGCUACGAGUCGGGCAGCAACUACUCGGCCACCACGGCCCACUCGCCCACCCACCUCGCCUACCCGGCCUUCCAGUCGGGCGGCCUCCACUCGGGCGCUGCCGCCCAGCAGAGCCGCACCGGCAGGCUACGUGCCGCGUCCGCCUCGAGCACCAUGCAGCCUCUGAGCCUGGACCUGAGGAGCCAGUACCGGGGCCUGCCGCAGUCGUCGCCCUCGUCGUCGCACUCGGCCGGCGGUGCCGGCGCAUCGUCCGGCCAGCGGUCCGCGUCGGGCACCCACCACGUCCUGGGCGGCAAUACUUCGGCAUACUCGAGCUUCCCGUCCGCGCCGCUGACGGCUCCCAUCGACUUUAACCUGUCGCGCGCCUCGACGACGAGCGCGCUGCGGUCCGCCGCCGCCAACAACAUGGCCUCGAGCAGCAGCAGCAGCAGCAACAGCAACAACAACAACACCGCCAGCGCCAACAGUAACAACAACAAUAACAGCUCCGGCGUCGGCAGCAGCAACAACAACAACAACAGCGGCGGCCAGGACUACUCGAUGCCGCAGAUGAGCGCGCCCAUCGCGCCGCCCGGCGACUUCUCGCAGGCCUUCCAGGCCCGGACGCCGAUCCGCGACAGCUUCGGCGGCUCGGGCGCGACCAUCCUGCACCCCCUGGGCGGGGGCGCCGGCAGCACGGCCGGGUCUGGGCCGGACGGCAGGGGGGCCGGCGAAGGCGAGUAUCACCGACACCACCACGGCGGCCACGCCCACGCGCACCACCACCACCAGGAGGGCCCGAAACGAAAGCACAGCUUCAGCACCUCGGCUUCCGGGCCCGGCCCGGCCUUUGGAAGCGCGGCCUGAUCGGACUGUUUUUUCUUGGGUUUGUCUCUCUCUCUCUCUUUUGGCUCCAGGCGGUGUGGAGCCUUUUUGUGAGUGAGCAAAACUUGAAAACGACAGCUGGGAGAAAGAAAAAGCAUCGACAUUAAAUUAUGAGGCGAGACGAGCCAACCACAUCCGGCCAAAAAAAAAA